CAUCCCACCGGCAUCCAACCGACAUCCAUCAGACAUCCAACCGACAUCCAUCAGACACCCAACCGGCAUCCAACCGACAUCCAUCAGACAUCCCACCGGCAUCCAACCGACAUCCAUCAGACAUCCAUCAGACAUCCAACCGACAUCCAUCAGACACCCAACCGGCAUCCAACCGACAUCCAUCAGACAUCCAACCGACAUCCAUCAGACACCCAACCGGCAUCCAACCGACAUCCAUCAGACAUCCCACCGGCAUCCAACCGACAUCCAUCAGACAUCCAUCAGACAUCCAACCGGCAUCCAUCAGACACCCAACCGGCAUCCAACCGACAUCCAUCAGACAUCCAACCGGCAUCCAUCAGACAUCCAACCGGCAUCCAUCAGACAUCCCACCGGCAUCCAACCGACAUCCAUUAGACAUCCAUCAGACAUCCAACCGACAUCCAUCAGACAUCCAUCAGACAUCCAUCAGACAUCCAUCAGACACCCAACCGGCAUCCAACCGACGUCCAGCCGAUACCCUACCAACACCUAACCGGCUUCCAGCCGACAUCCAACAGACAUCCAUCAGACAUCCAGCCAACAUCCUACUGGUAUCCAACCGACACCUAACCGGCAUCCAGCCGACAUCCAUCAGACAUCCAACCGGCAUCCAGCCGGCAUCCAACCGACACCUAACCGGCAUCCAGCCGGCAUCCAACCGACACCUAACCGGCAUCCAGCCGACAUCCAUCAGACACCCAACCGGCAUCCAACCGACAUCCAUCAGACACCCAACCGGCAUCCAACCGACAUCCAUCAGACAUCCAACCGGCAUCUAUCAGACCAGCCAAUUUUCAGCAAUGAGUCAACACCAUCCAACCAGGACGUCUCUUUGCACUUUGGGGGGAAAUUGCAGCUCCUUUCUGAGCGAUCACCAUCACAGCAGGAUGUCGAAGCUCCUCCUCCUGCCUGACCACACCCCCACACAGCGGACUCAGUUGCAGCCACCUCACCUGUUCCCCACCGUAGACGUGCCUGACCACGCCCACUACAUCAUCGGCUCUGUCAUCCUGUUGGUGGGGGUGACGGGCAUGCUGGGAAAUGGCCUGGUCAUCUAUGUGUUCUGCUGCAGUCGCACGCUGCGGUCGCCUAGCAACCUGCUGGUGGUCAACUUGGCAGCCACUGACUUCCUGAUGUCUCUGACACAGUCCCCUGUCUUCUUUAUUGCCAGCCUGCACCGCCGCUGGGUGUUCGGGGAGCUCGCCUGCGAGCUGUAUGCCUUCUGCGGAGCACUGUUCGGCAUCACCUCCAUGAUGACACUGACAGCCAUUGCAGUGGACCGCUGCCUUGCUAUCACGCGGCCUUUGGCCCUGCUUGGCGGGGUGAGUCACCGCCAGGUGUUGGUGGUGAUGGCGGCAGUGUGGUUGUACUCUCUGGGCUGGAGUCUGCCACCAUUCUUUGGCUGGAGCGCCUACGUCCCUGAAGGCCUGCAGACGUCCUGCAGCUGGGACUACAUGAGCUUCACCGCCGCUGUGCGCACCUACACAAUCUUGCUGUUCGCCUUUGUCUUCUUCAUCCCUCUGGGCCUCAUCACCAGCUGCUACUUCACCAUCUUUCGUGCAGUGCGGCGUGCCGGCCGGGAGGUCCGGCAGCUGAACUGUGGAGGAACCAACAAGGCGUAUGAACGUCUGCGCAGUGAGUGGCGACUGGCCAAAGUGGCUCUGGGAGUCAUCCUGCUGUUUGUUGUGUCCUGGUCGCCGUACUCGGUGGUGGCUCUGACGGCCACGGUUGGCUAUGCCCACCUGCUGACGCCCUACAUGAACUCAGUUCCUGCCGUCAUCGCCAAGGCCUCUGCCAUCCACAACCCCAUCAUCUAUGCCAUCACACACCCCAAAUACCGUGCCGCCAUCGGCCGCUACGUGCCACUACUGCGCGCCGUGCUGCGGCUGCAGGAGAAGGACCUGCGCUCCUCCUUCAGCUCCAGCGGUGCCUCAUCUCAUCGCACCACGUCGACCAGUCAGAGCUCACUGGCCAUCCAGCUGAGCGCCGCCGCUCGAGCCAAUGGCCGCUGGGGGAGGAGCCGACUAUCCUCCACCUCAGACAGUGAGUCCUGCUGGAUGGAGAGUGAAGCCGAUGGCUCCAGUGUCGGAUCGACGGCCUUCAACCGCCAGGUUUCCGCAGACGUCACCGCCAACACCGCAGGCUCCGCCCCCCUCAGCCAGGAGAGAGGCUCAGCUGGCGCAGGACCCGACGCUGACUCACCUGACGGACACCUGCUGCCGACAGGCUCCACCCCCUGCACGCCAUGAUGACACACUUCUUAAAAGUGUGAAUGAAGAAAUUGUUCAGGACCAGUUUGAGGUUUUAGGGGGAUUUUGUCAUUAAAGUCUGCUGUGAUUGGACAGGCCAUCGGGGGUGGAGCUGGGCACUGAUGACAUCAAACUACAAGCCACUACUUCCUAUAAUUGUGCCUGAAGCUUUUAUAAAGUGCUGGAUGAUGUGAAAAUGCACAUUAUUAACAUUAUUGAUUGAUUAGCAUCAGGCUCAUAUAAACAAGUUUGAUUUGUUGUUUAAACUCCAGACGUUCAUCUCAAGUCUCCUCUUUGAUCACUCCUCGCUUGAACAGUUCUGGUCCGCCAUUUUGAAGGUCGUCUCAAAACUCUUAUGUUGCUCUGAGCGAGGACCCCGACACGCCCCCUUAUUGGAUAUCAGUUAUUGAUUAGACGCUGCAGCUGAUCGGACUGAUCUGACGCAUACAGAUUCAAAUCUAGUUCAUCACCUGAGUUUGAUAUUUAAUCUGAUUUCUAGUUAAACGUCUGUUAAUUAAUCUGAUCAACAAAACAAUCAUAAACAACUUUCUUCAUGAUCGGUUAUCUCACCCGUUAAC